CUCAGCUCAACCUGCUUCUCCAGUUCCUACCCUUCCUCAAGUGGGAAACUCAGGAGACCAAGCAGGGGCAACUGUACUUCGGAUGGUCAGGCCCCAGGAUACUGUGGUGUUUGAGGACCUGUUUGUGGACUAUACUCAGAAGAAAUGAAAUGUCCCGCACUCAGCCAGAGAGCAAUGCACUAGAACGUGAUGCCAGAAAAUGACCACAGCAUGGCCUCCUUGGUGCUCACUAAUCCUACUAAUAAAACACAACAAGUUCAGCCAAGUACCAUCAUUAAAUGAAAAUCUUACGUAUAAGAUGGAGCCUGAUUGGGAUCCCAGGGGGGUCCGCCAACUCCAUGAAGUAACUGUCUUGCCAGAGCAGGCUGAACAACCCAUAGGGGAUGUUCCCUUAGCUGUGUGCACCCCAUGGUUCAAAGAUGUUUUGGCUGAUGGGUUUAAUGCUGUGUAUCACCUGAGAGUGGAAGCUAGACGGGCCAUAAACUGAGCUGGAUUCUCAACCUUGUUUUGAGUGGUCUCUUUUAGUUUGUCAUAGUUGAUGGCUUUAUAUGCAGCCUGCUGAAUCUCAACAAGACAAGAAAUCAUGUAGUCUCGCCUGACUAUACCAGGGGACCCUGCCUCAUAGUCCCAUGGAGGGUCUUCACAGGGGACUGCUCUGGCACCUUCCUGAAGGUCAGGCUCAAGACACUGGCAAUCUUCAGCAUUAGACUGAGCCAGGGUCCAAACCUGCUCCCAUUUUUCAGGAGUGAGAGUAGAAGUGAGGAUGACAUUUAAGUCACUCCAGGAGAGAACACUAUUCCAGUGGAUCACAGUAUCACCAUCCUCAGAUACAUUGCUGUAUUUUAUUUUCAUCCUAAUAUUUCAAUCCCCCUCCCCCAAACUACAGAGGAGUUGAGUUUGAGGCCAGAAAAGGGGUGAAAAUCCUACCUGCCAAUUUGUUUGCCCACAGCCGAUUCUCAGUUUUAACAUCUUGUCUCUUUUCUCAAGUCACAUUCCUGAUCCCCAUCCCAGCACCCCAAUUUUUUCUUCCCUAUUUCAAAAUAAGAGGAAAAAAAAUUAAGGGGGAAAUUUCCGUCUUCUAUUUGAAAGGCAGAAUCCUGAUGCACUUUAAAUUCCAAAACAAAGAAGCAAAUGAACAUAAAAUCCUUUAGUAUGUGCUUUUUACAUGUAGCAGGGAAUCAGGGUAAAGGAAUAAUUAUCUACUCCCAGGUUCUCAAAUGUUGGAAUCAUCUGGGGAUUUUAAAAUCUGGGCUUGUUAGUGUCUCACCCACAAAGAUUUGGAUUAAAUUUAUAUGAGGUAUGGACUUUUUAAAAGCUCUAAGAAGGAUUCUAAUCUGCAGCAAAGUUAAGAACCACUGAUUUGCAUGCACUGUCCUUUGCUGCUCCAAGUGUGGUACAGGAACUGCAACAUGGGUACACCUGCGAGUUUGUUAAAAAUAUUUGUUGAUCCCUCCCCAGACCUCCUGAAUUUGAAUCUACAGUUCAGCCAGAUCCCAAGUGAUUUGUAUUCAUAUGCACAUGAAAAUUGAAGAAUCUUACCUAGGGCUUUUACCAAGUAAAUGGCCCGAAUUUAAAAGAGUACAGUGUUCAGGAAGUACAGCCAGCAAGAAUAUGCCUCCUAUCAGAAAAGUGAAGAAACCUCAUGGUUAUAGGCUCGAGUGCCAUGGCACUCAGAGAAAUCAGGUGUUAGCAGAACUUUGAGAUUCAAGAAGCUGUAUAGGACUUAAAUUCAGAGCUGCAGUCCCGGUGGCUGCUUCCCAAACUUUACAAGUGCCAUUGAAGCCAAUCUGGUUGAUCUUUUUGAUCACACUAAAUGUGCUAUCAGUGCUAACCACCUAUCACAUUGGGAAACAUCCAGUAAAAGUACAUCCCAAACACACAGAACCUGCUCAAACUCUUCUAUGAGGGAAAAUUUUGUUCUCAGACAAAACUCAAAAACUCAUGCCACUAUGGGUGGUUCUGAAUGUUCUGAAUCACUCAAGAACAUUGUAUCAAGUGGAAAUUAAUGGACACAUUAGGCAUUGACAAGCAGUUUCUAUUUUCCUUUUUGCAUGUGUUGGAUAUUUUCCAGUUGCCCCUCCAUAUUCAGUCUCUGUCCUCAACCCUGCUGUGACACUCAGGAGACUGAGUUUCCUGGAUUGUCCUCUGGCUUCCAGUUGGGUUGGGCCAAUGGGAAGCUCUGGCAGGAGAUGAGAGUUGGGUUCAGGUUAUUUAUUACCCCCCGCUACCUUUGUGCUGGACUAUGGCUUGGAUGUAGCCCUCAACUGAAAGCCACAGUUUAUCUCAGGUGGCCUGCUCCUAGGGGUGAGAAUAGCUUCUAAAUGUUGCUAGCCAUGGGACGCAUCACCCCAUGUUGCAUCUCCUUAACCCUGUCCACAUUGUGUAAAUUGCCCCUUGUGAACUCUCCCCACUUACCUUGUUUGAAUGUGCCAUCUCUUUAUCACCUCAUCACCAUCUCCCUUGUGUUUCCAUCUUUGGUGAUAGGGGCAUUAAAAAGGGGUAGAUCAGAUGAGUAAAGCAAAGCCUCAGGGCACAGAUGGGCAUCAUCAAUGCCCAUCUGAAAGAUCAAUUGGCAACAUGUUGCAGCUGCCCCUGGGAAGCACAGACCAGAGGACUACCAGCAGCUUGCAGCAUGCCCUCCAGUGGCAGCAGACGGUCUUAUGACAUUGGCUCUGCAUCCUCAAGGUUCUCUGGCACUGGCAACAGAUGACAUUUGCCCUACAAUCUCUCCAUGUUGAUUCACCUCCUCUUCAAGCAGCCUCUCCACCCCCAACUUACUCCUCCCAGAUUCCACAUAUUAUUGGCAGUGGCAUCAUUGUUCACUCACCAGGCGAGCCUAGUUAGAAUUCACCCACAGGAGAAAGCAAGUGAAGGCCGUGGGAAGCUAAAAUAUGGUGCACCUCUGGGCUGGCUAUGAACAAGUAUCCCUGGGCAUGGUGGUGAUGGGGAUGAGGUCGUCCUGGAAAGGCAGGAGUCCAAGCACCUAACUUCCCGUAGGAUCUGGUUCCCGUCUUUGAAGGGGACACAGGGGAAGAACAAGCAGCUCCCUUAAGCUCUUCUCCUGGCCAGAAGCAGUCCGCUAGAUAUUGCUGGCCCUAUUUUCACCCCUAGCUUUGGAUUCCUUUCUUCCUUGGAGGGAAAGAGGCCUUCAGGGCAGCCCCGCAGACACUACAGGAGGGAUGUAAGAAAACCGGCGCGGCUGGGCAUCCCAGCGGAAGGGAAGUGUCCGGCGGAGGGAGGUGAGGGAUGUUGAACAAGCCUCGCCUCCCACCGCACCGGGGCCCGGGAGAAGCGGAGAUGUUGGCCCUCCCAGUUUCCUAGAGAGGCCGCGGAGGGCCCGGGGCGCCAACGCGCGUGCGCGACUGCAGCCGCCGGGAGGUAGGCGCGGGACUGGCAGCUGCGCUGGCGGCGGGUGGACCGAUUGUCGCUUGGCGGGAGUCGGGGACAACCUAACUCUGGUCUGCCUGAUACUGGCAUGUACCUCUGUGCAAAUGCUCUUCUCAUACAUACAAAGAUGAUCCCAACCAUCAAGAUCCAACUGCACCGUGUAUAAUGGACAUCAUUCUCUCAUCCCCUCCUGCACAGAAAUACUGAUUAUUUCAGUCACUUGCCAAAGACUUCUGAUGGCUCAGCAAAUGGCAUUGUUCACUGCAAUGCUGAGAAGAUACUUCUGAGGACCCGCAUCUAAGGUGGACUUGGCUCGUGCUCUUCUGGGUAGUCCCUGAACAGGAGUGAUGCCUCCAGGCAGGUGGCAUGCUGUGUAUCCAGCUCAGGCCCAGUCUUCAAGGGAGCGAGGGCGGCUUCAGACAGUAAAGAAGGAAGAAGAGGAUGAAAGCUAUAUUCCAGUGCAGACUGCCAGGCCACAGACACUCAACCGCCCUGGCCAGGAGCUGUUCCGCCAGCUCUUCAGACAGCUUCGCUACCAUGAGUCUUCUGGGCCCCUAGAAACUCUGAGCCGGCUCCGGGAACUCUGUCGCUGGUGGCUGAGGCCUGAUGUUCUCUCCAAGGCACAGAUCCUGGAGCUGUUGGUGCUGGAACAGUUCCUGAGCAUCCUGCCUGCGGAGCUCCGGGUCUGGGUGCAGCUCCAUAACCCUGAGAGUGGUGAGGAGGCUGUGGCCUUGCUGGAGGAGCUGCAGAGGGACCUUGAUGGGACAUCACAUAGGGACCCGGGCCCUGCCCAGAGCCCAGAUGUGCAUUGGAUGGGUACAGGAGCCCUGCGAUCUGCACAGAUAUGGUCUCUUGCUUCACCUCUCAGGAGCGGCUCUGCUCUGGGGGACCACCUGGAGCCUCCCUAUGAAAUAGAAGCACGUGACUUCCUGGCUGGGCAAUCCGAUCCUCCUGCUGCCCAGAUGCCUGCCCUUUUCCAGAGAGAGGGGUGCCCAGGAGACCAGGUAACAGCAACCAGGUCCCUGACAGCUCAGCUCCAGGAGACUAUGACUUUCAAGGAUGUGGAGGUGACCUUCUCCCAGGAUGAGUGGGGGUUGCUGGACUCAGCUCAGAGAAACCUAUACAGGGAUGUGAUGCUGGAGAAUUAUAGGAACAUGGCCUUCCUGGUGGGACCAUUCACCAAACCUGCUCUGAUCUCCUGGUUGGAAGCAAGGGAGCCGUGGGGCCUGAACGUGCAAGUAGCUCAGCCUAAGGGGAAUCCAGGUGCUGCCCCUACAGGAGGUGACCUUCAAAUUAAAACAAAGAAAUUCAUCGUAAAUCAGGAACCUUUGGAAGGAGCAGAAACCUUAGCUGUGUCAUCAGAAUGUCCCGCAGCAAGUGUUUCUGAGGGAAUUGGGCUCAGAGAAUCUUUUCAACAGAGCAGGCUGAAGGAUCAAUGUGAAAACCCCAUACAAGUGAGAGUUAAGAAAGAAGAGACUGAUUUCAGUCACAGGACAGGAAAAGACUGUGAAGUAUCAGGAGGUAAUAGUCUUGACUUAAAACAUGUUACAUAUUUGAGAGUUUCUGGAAGAAAGCAGUCCCUUAAACAUGGCUGUGGCAAACACUUUAGAAUGAGUUCACACCACUAUGACUACAAGAAAUAUGGGAAGGGGCUCAGACACAUGAUUGGGGGCUUCAGCAUACAUCAGAGAAUUCAUACUGGACUGAAAGGGAGCAAAAAGGAUUUGUGUGGAAAAGACUUCAGCCUUAGCUCUCAUCACCAGCAUGGGCAGAGUCUUCACACAGUGGGAGUGUCUUUUAAGUGCAGUGACUGUGGAAGGACUUUCAGUCAUAGCUCCCAUCUUGCAUAUCAUCAGAGACUUCACAGUCAAGAGAAAGCAUUUAAAUGUAGAGUGUGUGGGAAAGCCUUCCGGUGGAGUUCCAACUGUGCACGGCAUGAGAAAAUUCACACUGGAGUGAAACCUUAUAAAUGUGAUUUAUGUGAGAAAGCUUUCCGACGUCUGUCAGCCUAUCGUCUGCACCAGGAAACCCAUGCUAAGAAGAAAUUUCUUGAAUUGAAUCAGUAUAGGGCAGCUCUUACCUACAGCUCAGGGUUUGAUCAUCAUUUGGGAGACCAAAGCGGAGAGAAACUCUUUGACUGCAGCCAGUGCAGGAAAUCUUUCCACUGUAAAUCGUAUGUUCUUGAACAUCAAAGGAUUCACACCCAGGAGAAGCCCUAUAAAUGUAACAAAUGUAGGAAAACCUUUAGGUGGAGAUCAAACUUUACUCGUCAUAUGAGGUUGCAUGAGGAGGAAAAAUUCUACAAACAAGAUGAAUGUCGUGAAGACUUCAGGCAAGCCCCUGACCACAGUCAGCCCCACGGUGCCCCCACUGUGGAGAAAACAUUUUUGUGUCAGCAGUGUGGGAAAACUUUUACUAGAAAGAAAACUCUCAUUGACCACCAGAGAAUUCACACAGGUGAGAAACCAUACCAGUGUGGCGAAUGUGGGAAGGACUUUGCCUAUAGGUCAGCCUUUAUUGUUCAUAAGAAGAAGCAUGCCAUGAAAGGAAAACCUGAGGGUGGGCCAUCUUUUAGUCAGGACAGAGUGUUCCAGGUUCCUCAGAGCAGUCACACCAGAGAGGAGCCCUACCAAUGCAGCCAGUGUGGCAAGGCCUUCCGCAAUCACUCAUUCCUCCUCAUCCAUCAGAGAGUUCACACUGGAGAGAAGCCAUAUAAGUGCAGGGAGUGUGGGAAAGCCUUCAGGUGGAGUUCUAAUCUCUACCGACAUCAGAGGAUUCACUCUCUUCAAAAACAGUAUGAUUGCCAUGAAAGUGAAAAGACUCCAGAUGUGGAGCCAAAAAUCCUCACUGGUGAGAAACGUUUUUGGUGUCAAGAAUGUGGGAAAACCUUUACACGUAAAAGAACCCUUUUAGAUCAUAAGGGAAUACACAGUGGAGAGAAGCGCUAUAAAUGUAAUCUGUGUGGGAAAUCAUAUGAUAGAAACUAUCGCCUUGUUAACCAUCAGAGGAUCCACACUAAAGAGAGACCUUUCAAAUGUCAGUGGUGUGGGAAAGAGUUCAUUGGGAGACAGACCCUUUCCAGUCACCAGAGUAAACACACCAGAGCAGCACAGGCUGAACAUAGCCCGCCUGGGCUAUCUUCCUCUCAGGACACAAAGUUGAGAUUGCAGAAAUUAAAACCAAGUGAAGAAAUGCCUCUCGAAGACUGUGAAGAAGCUUGCGACCAGAGCUCCAGGCUUGAUGAACUCCAGGACAUAACCACUGGGAAAAAGUGCCACAAAUGUAGCAUAUGUGGGAAAACUUUUACCAAGAGUUCACAACUCAUUAGCCACAAGAGAUUUCAUACUCGAGAGAGACCCUUCAAAUGCAGCAAGUGUGGGAAGACCUUCAGAUGGUCUUCGAAUCUGGCUCGGCAUAUGAAAAACCAUAUUAGAGAUUAGCCCGGGGUCUGACAGUGACAAUGGGAGUGAGUUCUCAGUCCCCUACUAGAGAACCCUUAAUUUUAGGCAGUGUGGGGAAACCUUCACAAAGGGCCCAGCCCUUUCUAUUUCGGAAGCUAGUGACAGAAUCCCAAGGAUUUAAAGGCUCGGGGAGUCUUCAGCCUGCCUGCUGGGAUGUGACGCUGGGGAAAUGCAGCAGCAUGUUCUUUGGAGCCCUUCUGGAGACUUGGGCCCCUAGGAUUGGUGUCUGUACCAUAGCCUGCAGCUCCCCCUGUCAGGUCUCCUUCCACAACUCUGAAGAGAAAAACCAUUGCCCUUUGUGGUUGGAUAAAAUGUCUGUGGCGUCGUGGUCUGUGGCUUCUGGAAAGGGGCCAGUGGGAUCCUAGAUUUAUCUUCAAGUUUUGCCUAUGGCCAUGCUUAUUCUGUUGACUAAAAGCAGCAGCAUCAAGAACUCCUAGUCUUCCCAAAUGCCCCCUGGGGAGUUUUGGCUGGGGCUUUAGCCUUUCUAGCUAGCUUUUGGAUAUCUGCUGGGGGGUUAGAGUGGUCUCAGUGGCUGGUGGAGGACAGCAAGAUGCUGGGCUCAAGCGCUUGGCAUGUGGAGCUCUAUCAGUACCCUGUUGCCAUUCCCAUCCCACAGGCCUGCACAGGCAGCAGUGGUCCAUCUGUUUAACAGAAACGUGCUGAUCACCUCCUCUACACCAGGCACUGGUGUAUUUGUUGGACACCCAGCAGAGACCAGAACAGAUGAAAAUCCUGCCAUCUUGGAUCUUUAUAGUUGACAAACAAAUGGGAUAUUUAGUAUUCCGGAUAGUGAUGUGUGUGUGGUAGACAACGUGAAUCAGAGAAGAGUGAGAGGGUGUGCUGGAUUGGGAAGUCAGUUGUGAUUUUAAAUAGUCUGAUUAGGGAGGGCCUCAACUGAGAAGGUGAAAUUUGAGCAAAGACCUGAAGGAGGCCAGGGAGCAAGCCAGAUAGCUCUCUAGGGAGAGUUGCAGGCAGAGGAGAUUGGGUCUUGUCUGAUGUCCUCAGGAUAGCAAGGAGGCCCCUAGGAUGGAGUGCAGGGAGCCAGCUGGAAGGGGAGGAGAGGGGUCAGGGAGCGACGUGAGCCUCAUGGGUCAUUACGGGGGCUUGAGCUGCCUCAGAGGAAGGCAGAGAGCUUUUGGACAGUUUUGAGUUGAGGAGUGAUAUGAUCUGAAUCUGAAUUACAUUUUACAGGGGUUAACCAUAGAUCCAAAGACUCAGUAAAAUGGAAUGGUUGAAGGGCUUCUCAUGAAGUUAUCCUUGCUGCUAGUUCCCAUAAAUCAGACUCCUCCUCACUCCAUUUCUGAAUUUUCUGUAGAAUCCUUGGCCUCAGCAGAUGUAAACACUUAGCAUUGUGUGCACAUCUCUAGCCUCUGCACACUGCAGGUCCCCUCUCGCCCUCACAUACCCCCUCUCACCUUCACAUACCCCCUCUCGCCUUCACAUACCCCCUCUCGCCCUCACAUACCCCCUCUCGCCUUCAUAUACCCC